AUUUUACUAGAUAUCGAUGUACCGCAGAUUCGUGGCAUUUGAUGCAGAGGCAGCUGCUUACUGAUGGUUAUUCAAAAAAGUGUUGCCUGAUCAAAUUUUUAUUGUAAGAUCAUAACAUGUUGGUCUUCUGUGAUAUUUUUGACUUCAGAGUAUUUGCAUUUGCCUGUCUAAUGCGUCAAAUGAAUUGGUAUUUAUAAAUUUUUAUGCACAAUGGUGCCGUUUUAGUAAUUCAUUAGCCCCUAUUUUUGAAGAAGCUGCAAAUAAAAUAAGAAGUGCAUUUCCUGAACCAGGAAGAGUUGUAAUGGCGAAAGUUGACUGUGAAAGGGAAUCUUCUAUUGCAUCGAGAUUUCACAUCACCAAGUAUCCAACUUUAAAAGUGAUAAGAAAUGGUCAACCAACCAAACGAGAAUAUAGAGGUCAACGAUCUGUAGAAGCAUUUGAGGAAUUUAUAAAGAAACAACUGGAAGAUCCUAUUAAGGAAUUUUACAAUUUAAAGGAAUUAACUAAUUUAGAUGACAAAAAAAGAAUGAUUAUUGGAUAUUUUGAUAGGAAGGAUGUUCCUGAAUAUGAAAUGUUUAGGAGAGUUGCUACUAAUCUUAAGGAUGACUGCCAAUUUCAUGUUGGCUUUGGGAAUGCAAGCAAAGCUAUGCACCCUCCAGGAGAACCUAUAAUUGUCUUCCGUUCUGAUAAGGCACUUUCUAAUGAUGAGGAUGAAACGUACCAUGGAAGUUUGAACAACUUUGAUGAACUAAAUGUCUGGGCACAAGAAAAAUGUGUUCCCCUUGUGAGGGAAAUUACAUUUGAAAAUGCUGAGGAAUUAACAGAGGAAGGUUUACCCUUUCUUAUAUUGUUUCAUGCUCCUCAUGAUAUUGAUAGCGUUAAAAUGUAUAAAGAUGUAGUAACAAGGACAUUAAUCGAUGAAAAACAAAAUAUAAAUUUUUUAACUGCGGAUGGUGUAAAGUUUGCCCACCCUCUCCAUCAUUUAGGAAAGACUCCAGCAGAUUUACCUUUAAUUGCCAUAGAUAGUUUUAGACACAUGUACCUGUUUCCAAACUUCCACGAUAUUCACAUAGAAGGAAAAUUGAAAGGUUUCCUGCGGGACUUAUAUUCAGGAAAGUUGCACAGGGAGUUUCAUUAUGGGCCUGAUCCUAGCAAUAAUGAAGUACCGCAAAUUGUCGGACAAAUUAAGGUGCCUACAACCCCACCGGAAUCUACAUUUAAGAAACUAGCACCUAGCAAAAACAGGUACACAUUACUCAAGGACGAACUAUAAUGAUAAAGUUAAGAUAACUCAGGAUAUUAAGAUUUGUGUGAUUUUGGUUAUGCAAUCUGUUAGUUAUUUACAGUUAUUUACAAUAAUGAAAUCCAAAAUUCGUUGCAUCAUCAAAUUGAAAUGUUAAAAUGUUAUAUGAUAACAUUUUGUAAAUGAUUUAUACAGUAUUGUCAAAAAAAAAUUAAUUGCUUACUUAGUUUGUUUUAAAUAGAAAGAAAGGAGCUUUCGCGGUCAAUAUGCUGAUAAUUUAUACAAAAGUGUGUAAUUUAAACGUAAAGUAUUCGGUAAAGCAUUCUCUACCAAAUGUUAUAUACAUCUAAACCCUAACCUGUAAAAAAAUUACCCAUGAUAUACAUAAUUGAAACCUUCGUACUACGGGUUUCACUGCAGGAAAUAUAACAUAGUAGAUUUUAUUCUAUUUUUACAUAACAUGUGCUUUUUGUAUUAUCAUUCUUCUGUUGUUGAAUAUGAGAAAAGAAAGAAACGAUAAUAAUUCUUAACGAAACUACAAAUGGACGCCAAAGAUUUUAAUAUGUCCCAGUGUCAAUAUUCGCGUAAUAGAUUACAUUUCAAUUUAUAGAUUAAGAAAACAGGAAAACAAAGAAUCACCCAAUUACAGGCAGAACGUUGUAGUAUAUACAUUUGGCGUAAUUAGACUUGAGUUUUUACACUACCGAAAGUACUGUUGAUACGAUGGCUGCGAUAAACGGCCUUUCGUUUCACAUAUUUUCAUGCUUCUUAGUUACGAGAUUAAUCUUCGGGAUUGACUCUCAAUUAACAAUACGAUAGCAAUGAAAAUAUUACACUUAAGACGCGACCACCUUUUGAUACUUUUUAAUUACUUGUCUGAAAGUAUUUUCUAGCACAACGUAAAGUCUCAGUAGUUAGUCGCGAGUAUGUUGAGAGAGCGGCGAGUGGAAUGCGCGGGAACAUACGAUCGCGUUCGAUUAUCGAAGGACUCGAGAUAAUCGAAAUACGAUAAUUGAGAGUAGUGAGUGAGUGGGAAUUUUGAAAUCAAUCAUUUUGUUUGAAAACAAAAGGGAAAAAAAGAAAAGAGAGAGAAAAA